ACCACCUACCAAAAUAUAUACAUACACAGAAUCUGUAUCUAUAUCCCAAUUCCACCGUCUAUUUAAAGCUGCCCCAUAUCUAACCACAUUUCAAAAAUUAGUACAAUAAGACACAAUUGAGUAAAAAAAUCGGUUCAAUUUCACCGCCGGCCGGAGUUUUCACCUUUUUUGUUGUGGAUCAGAUGGCACCAACGACGGAGUUCGGCGUUCACCGGUCGAACGACGGGCUGUGCACGAAGGAUCGAGCCGGCGUGGCGGACCCGCUGAACUGGGCGGCGGCAGCGGCGGGGAUGAAGGGGAGCCACCUGGAGGAGGUGCGGCGGAUGGUGGCGGAUUUCAGGAGGGAGACGGUGAGGCUGGGCGGGGAGAGCCUGACGAUAGGGCAGGUGGCGGCGGUGGCCGCCAGGGGAGGAGCGGUCGGGGUGGAGCUCGCGGAGGCGGCGAGGGCUGGGGUGAAGGCGAGCAGCGACUGGGUUAUGGAGAGCAUGAAUAAGGGGACGGAUAGCUAUGGAGUGACGACGGGAUUUGGAGCGACGUCUCACCGGAGGACCAAGCAGGGCGGCGCUCUGCAAAAGGAGCUUAUUAGAUUCCUGAACGCCGGAAUAUUCGGCCACGGCCCAGACUCCUCCACCCACACCCUCCCACGCGCCGCCACCCGCGCCGCCAUGCUCGUCCGCAUCAACACCCUCCUCCAGGGCUACUCCGGCAUCCGCUUCGAAAUCCUUGACGCCCUCAGCAAACUCCUCAACUCCGACGUCACCCCCUGCCUCCCCCUCCGCGGCACCAUCACCGCCUCCGGCGACCUGGUCCCCUUAUCCUACAUCGCCGGCCUCCUCACCGGCCGCCCCAACUCCCGCGCCGUCGGCCCCGACGGCUCUUCCCUCACCCCUUCCCAGGCCUUCUCCCUCGCCGGCAUCACCACCACCACCACCGCCGGCGCCGCCUUCUUCACCCUCCAACCAAAAGAAGGCCUCGCCCUCGUCAACGGAACCGCCGUCGGCUCCGGCCUCGCCUCCACCGCCCUCUACGAAGCCAACAUCCUCUCCCUCCUCUCCGUCGUCACCUCCGCCAUCUUCGCCGAGGUCAUGAACGGAAAACCAGAAUUCACCGACCACCUCACCCACAAACUCAAACACCACCCCGGCCAAAUCGAAGCCGCCGCCAUCAUGGAACACCUCCUCUCCGGCAGCUCCUACGUCAAAUCCGCCCAAAAACUCCACGAAACCGACCCUCUCCAAAAACCCAAACAGGACCGAUACGCCCUCCGCACCUCCCCCCAGUGGCUCGGCCCCCAAAUCGAAACCAUCCGAACCGCCACAAAAAUGAUCGAACGCGAAAUUAACUCAGUCAACGACAACCCCUUAAUCGACGUCUCACGCAACAAAGCCCUCCACGGCGGCAACUUUCAGGGCACUCCCAUUGGCGUCUCCAUGGACAACACCCGCCUCGCAAUCGCCGCAAUCGGAAAACUCAUGUUCGCCCAAUUUUCCGAGCUCGUCAACGAUUUCUACAACAACGGCCUCCCAUCAAAUCUCUCAGCCAGUCGAGACCCGAGUUUAGACUACGGAUUCAAAGGCUCGGAAAUCGCCAUGGCCGCUUACUGCUCGGAGCUUCAGUUUUUAGCAAACCCUGUAACAAACCACGUGCAGAGCGCCGAGCAGCAUAACCAAGACGUGAACUCGCUCGGGCUCAUCUCGUCGAGAAAGACGGUCGAGGCUCUUGAUAUAUUGAAGCUAAUGUUUUCGACUUAUCUGAUUGCUUUGUGCCAGGCGGUCGAUCUCCGCCACCUGGAGGAGAAUCUACGGCUGGCGGUCAAGAACGCGGUUAGUCAAGUCUGCAAGAAGACUUUGACCAUGGGUGUCAACGGCGAGCUUCACCCAUCGAGGUUUUGCGAGAAGGAUUUGCUCCGAGUCGUCGAUCGUGAGUAUGUAUUUGCCUACGCGGAUGACCCGUGUAGCGGGACUUACCCGUUGAUGCAGAAGCUAAGGCAGGUGCUUGUGGACCACGCGCUGAAAAACGGGGAGAUGGAGAAAAACGAGGGGACGUCGAUUUUCCAAAAGAUUCGGGCUUUUGAGGAGGAGCUUCGGGCUGUGUUGCCUAAGGAGGUUGAAGGGGCGCGGGCUUUGGUAGAGAAGGGAAGCCCGAUUGUGGGGAAUCGGGUUAAGGAGUGCAGGUCGUAUCCUUUGUAUAGGUUCGUGAGGGAGGAAUUGGGGGCCGAGUUUUUGACGGGCGAACGGGUGGUUUCGCCUGGGGAGGAGUGCGAUAAGGUGUUUGGGGCUUUGAGUGAAGGGCUUAUUGUGGAUCCAUUGCUGGAGUGUGUUGAGGGAUGGAAUGGAGAGCCUCUUCCAAUAUGCUGAAAAUUGGACUCUGUUGGGUUUACUGUUGUGUUUUUUAUUUUAUUUUUUGGAAUAAUGUGUCUUGUUGAUGAUGUUGUUGUUGUUGUAUUUGGUGUGAAAUUGGGAAGAAGUUGUGGCUGUGGGCUGUGUGUCUGUGUGUUGUUUGCUAUAUGUCUAUGUAACUUGAGUUACUAAAUGUACAAAAAGAAAGUGAUGAGAGAAUUGAAGUUGGUGGGAUAUUGUGUUGGUUGAAUAUCAACUAUGAAGUGGUUGUGGAAUGAGUACAGUAUACUAUUGGUAAGAAGACAGUGAGUGUGUUCAAGUUGUGAGGUUCCAUCAGAAAUUUCUUGCUCAUUUGAACCUUUUCUUUUAAUGCUUUCUUUGGGACACAAUAGUGAACUGUCAUAUGAUGGGAACAUUUAUGAUUUAACACCACAACUAUUAAAUAGAAGCCCAAAAUUUUUAGAUGGUCUUUUCACUUGUUUGGGAAGAGGGAACUAUACAAUUUCACCAUUUUUAUAAAAAUAAUUUAUGAUAUAACAUCCCAAAUCAGCUGAUUGAGUUACACGCUCUCGAUUAUGGUUUAUAAAUCCAGAUUAGUAAUUCUCAGUUAAUAUGAGGUUGCUGGAUGGGUUAGAUGUUGGGUGGUACACAUUGUCCUAAGAUUGUGGUAGUUGAAUUGUGUGGAGGUAGUUGGGAUGACCUUUUCUAUGACAAUAGCUUGAGCAAUAAGGUAUUAGUAUUUUGGAGUUUUGUGUUUUCUUGUACCAGAGUGUUUUGGUAAUAAAUUGUUUCAUCUAUU